ACCAAUAAACACAUAGUCCAUUGAUAUUUUCGAUGGGCAACGGUCGCCUCGCUCUAUAUGUCUAUUCAGUAUGUUUCUUUAAUUACCCUAAAAAGACUAAAAAAAUAAAAAGAAAGAAGAGUGAUCGGUGCUGGGGAUGAGGAUGUGGGCUGGCUUUGUGGUCCUCUUCGUAGAUAUAUCAAAGUCUCGGUCUAUUUGCGUUGUGUCGUGCAAGUAUGCACCAAUAACUGGAACCGAAACAUAUUCAGAUUCCGAAAUAGUAGUUGUAGUAUUUAGUAGGGAUGGGAUUGGAGUAAUGGACCACCCCACCCCAAAAGUCCAAUACCCAAAAGAAAAAGAAAUAAUGAGCCUAUUUCCUUUUCUUAAGUUUAAUCUCUCAAGACACAAAGUCUCACCCCACAUUACCCUUAUCCCCAAAACCAUAAAGUCCCAUCCCAAUAACUACCUUUCUCCUUUCAGGUCCAUUUAGCACUUUCGGGUCUGUUCUAACCCCAAAUCCUCCCCUCUUACUUUCUCUCUCUCUCUCUCUCUCUCUCUCUCUCUCUUCACGCAAAACCCUGGACCCCUCAGUCUUCAACGUCUUUUUCCGGGCUUCAAGUCCGCUGCCAGAUCGUUUCUCUUUGGGUUUUUGAUAGAUGAUUAGUUACGAGGGUUAGCUCAAGAAAGCGGAGGGUAAAAGCUGAAGAUGGAUUUGUCUCCAUUCAAGCAGGACAUUGAUGAGCUUAUUCUUGAAUUUGUCCAGAGUGAAUUGACAACUUUGAAUGACAUGAAGAGAGUAUGGUUAUCGAGGAAAUUCUCAUACAUUUAUGAGGCCAGUCCUUCUACAAACUUAGCUUUCUUUAUGCAAUCACUCUAUGCCCAUACUAUUGGUUACAUGGUCAAUGUUGAUUCUUUAUCUCACAGACUAGGAGCGCUCUAUUGCCUCUACUGCCUCUAUGAAACUCAACCAUUCAAACCAGCUUUCAAGAUUUAUCUCUCACUGGGAGAGCUGAAGAAGCUUAAAAGCCUUGUUGCUGAGGCAAAAGAAAUGGGUAUAAAAGUAGUGUCUACUUUGGUGAAAAAGAUGCUGGAAAAAAAUAUGUUUCUGUUUGGGUUUGUGGACUUAAAUGAAGGUUCAGUUAGUGAGACAAUUAACAGUCUGACAAAAUUACAAGAUGCGCGAAUACAAGUUGCAUAUGAGAAGUUAUUUACCGAUACUGAGAUUGAGCAAUACCUCCACAUGGACUUGGGUAUGGAGGUUGACCUUAAUAUGAUAAAGAAAAUGUCCACAGAAUAUGCAGUGGCCAAGAAACAAGCCAUUGAAGAGGCCAGAGAGGUUGUGGAUGUCCGGAACAUAAAACAUAUAUCAGAAAAUACGGAAUCUCUUAGUGAAAUAGUGGAGAAGAUAGAUGAGAACUGGAACAACCAAAGAGAAGCGUUUUAUCAGCGGACUGGAAUGAACCAAAAGCUGGCUGAAGAGGAACAACUGCAAGAAAAUGAGCGGGAAAACAAUGUUGCUGAUGAAGUUUUACAGCUACUAUAUCAACAUGAUUAAAUUCUUUUCCCCAAGAAUUCAUUUUAAUGCAGGGCAUCGUCCCCUGAUUUUUGUCAAACUAAUAGUGUCAGAGGUGGUUUUGGUUUUAGUAUCAUUUGUAAUUAUGUUAGUAAUAAUGAAAUAUAAAAUCAAUUUCGUUAUAUAUAUAUAUAUAUAGAAACGGGCACCUGAAUUUGAAGACAUGUAAAAUGUUUUCUAUGAAAAUGUUUAAUGAAAUUUCAGUUAUCAGAAAUUUGCACUUUGAUUAUUCAAUAGUCUGAAAGUGUUGUUUCAGAUGCUAGAGCUGUUAAGCAAUGGCAGGUGAAACCAUUGUGUUGUGUUGUGUUGUAACGGUAGUAACGUGCCUACUUGCCUGGGCGGAAUUAUAAGGGUUCUGGGCUCUAGCCGAAGCUCCCGUUUGCGUUUGCCCCCAAAAUUGCUUUAAAAGAUAAAAUGUUGAAGGAUCUAUGUGGGAGGCUUUGGAGAGAUGAGUAAAAAUGUUACGAGAUAAAUGGAAUUUGAUUAGAUUUCAUAUUUGGUGAACCUUUGCUCAAGCAAAAGACAAAAAAUUUUAGGACAUCAAAUUUUAGGUUAACUUGGUUCUUGAACUGCAGCUGUAAACGUGGUCCAUAGGGGGAAA